AUGGAAUACCUGUUCCUAAUCGCUAGAGGAACAAUAAGGCAGUCCCAAAGAACACUGAUAAAUAGAGGGCAUGACAAGGGUAAACUGUUUUUUAUUGAACGAAGGUGGAAGAAGUAUAUUCCAUUUUAUGAUAUUAAAACUAGAAGGAAGAAAAGGUUGAUGAGUGAAGAUUCGCAGGAAGCAGAAAAUAUAAAUGUAAAUCAACAACAUGGAAAGGAAGCACAUUCCAGAUCAGAGAAAGAGGAAUUGUCAAACGAUAAUGGUAAAGGAAUUCGAUCGAGAAACAUCCUUCCUGCAGUGUCACCUAUGAAGGGGCUAAAGUUGCUUCUAAGCUUUAAACAUGUAAAUAAGGACCGAAACAGUAGCAGAAGUGAUAGUAGCAGUGAUAGAAGUGGUAGCAGGAGUAGUCGAAGUGUGGUGGGAAGUGGCCCAGAGAAGGAAGAAAAAAUCAACUUCAACUUAAUUAUAAAAAUUGACAUAAAAAGGGAAUCGCUUAGAGGAAUGUGUAAUCUGACACACAGCGUAGAUAGAAACAAAAAAAUUUUAGUUUUGGUUGAUGAUAAUCAUCAAAAUUUAAAAAAGUGCGGAGCAGAUUAUGUUGGUUUAGAAUACAUUAAUAAAAUAAAGAAUGGAUGGCUAGAUUUCCACAUUUGUUUAACGGAUUUUAAAAAUAUAAAUAAAAUUUUGCCAAUUGCAAAAAUAUUAGGUCCUAAAAAGUUAAUGCCAAAUGUGAAGUCAAAUACACUUGUGCAUAAUCUAGUUGAUACGAUCAUGUCCAUUAAAAGUGGAAAUCGAAUUGAAUACAGAAGUGAACAAGUAGAUGCAGACACGUUUGAUUUAUUUGAUUCCAUUUACAAUUUUCGUAAAAUUGAUUUGGGUUCUAUAGCUAACUUGAACGUCGAUAUUGCAUCUACAAGUAUGAGCAUAUAUGACACAUUAGAAAAUAUGAAAUGCUUCGUUUCAGAAAUUUUGAAAAAUAAUGUUCAUUCAGCUCAUACAGAAAGGGAUACAAAACCAGCCUUCACUUGGCCUCCUAUCACAUCCAAGAAGAAGAAGAAGAACCAGAUGAACUCACUACACUUGCAGGGAAGUAAUAUUUUAGACGCAAAGGAGCACAGCUUUGAAUCCUUUCUCCUUGGAGCUUACGUAACUCUUCCUGGAAUUCCAAAAAUAUUUUUGCAUCCACAUUUGUUGCACCCGAUCUCGAACGGGUACUCUGUGUAG